AUGAUGCAAUCGCGGCGGGCUUGGCAAAAUUAGAUGAAGUUUGAUGGACAUUUUCAUUUUUCAAAGAUAUUUCCGUACUACUCCAGGAUGUAUUCCCAUGUCUUCUGGAUCGAAGCUCAACACGGAAUGCCGCAGUUGUAAGCACUUUUCCAUCCACAAGAGAGGUGGGACUAUCCAAUGCGUCGCAAAAUGCCCAGUAGACAUGAAAGCCGCUGACGAUGGCGUCACAUGCAGAUGUAAGGACUUUGUCUUCCACAACGAUGACGGAAGUUCUCGAUGUGUCUCGGCAUGCGGAAUCGCUUAUGCAUUGGGAUCAGACGGCAGGACUUGCACGGUUAAGUUUAGAGCUGAUGCACGAUGCGGAACGAAUUUCCCAGCCCCAGGAGCGAGUCCCGGCCAGUGUAACCCUUAUUCAGAUGGGCCCUGUUGUUCCAGUGGGGGAUGGUGUGGGGCAACAGAAGCUCACUGCACAUGCAACGGCUGUAAGGACUAUCGUAAGUGGAGAGCUGACAGCCGUUGUGGAGCGGAUUUCCCCGCCCCAGGAGCGAACCCCGGCCAGUGUGACCCUAAGUCAGACAGACCAUGUUGUUCCACUGAGGGAUGGUGUGGGGCUUCAGCAGCUCACUGCACCUGCGACGGUUGUAAGGACUUUCGUCCAGCUAAGUGGAGAGCUGACAGCCGUUGUGGAGCGGAUUUCUCGGCCCCAGGAGCGAACCCCAGCCAGUGUGACCCUCUUUCAGACAGACCCUGUUGUUCCACUGAGGGAUGGUGUGGGGCUACAGCAGCUCACUGCACCUGCGACGGCUGUAAGGACUUUCGUCCAGUUAAGUGGAGAGCUGACCAUCGUUGCGGAACGCGUUUCCCAGCCCCAGGAGCGAACCCCGGCCAGUGUAACCCAAAGUCAGAUUGGCCCUGUUGUUCCAGUGGGGGAUGGUGCGGUUCUACACCAACUCACUGCACCUGCGACGAUUGUAGGGAUUAUCGUCUAGCCUUGUGGAGGGAUGAUGGGCGUUGUGGCACGGAUUUCCAAGCCUCGGGAGCGAAUCCCGGCCAGUGUGACCCUAAGUCAGAAAGACCCUGUUGUUCCACUGAGGGAUGGUGUGGGGCUUCACCAGCUCACUGCACCUGUCACGGCUGUAAGGACUAUCGUCUAGGCACAGCUAAGUUUAGAGCUGACGGACAUUGUGGGACGGAGUUCCCAGCCCUAGGAGCGAACCCCGGCCAGUGUAACCCUGUGUCAGACAGACCCUGUUGUUCCAAGUACGGAUGGUGUGGGGCAACAUCAGCUCACUGCACCUGCGACGACUGUAUGGACUAUCGUCUAGGUCCAAAGGUUUCUUAUACAGCCUUGUGGAGGGAUGAUGGGCGUUGUGGCACGGAUUUCCCAGCCCCAGGAGCGAACCCCGGCCAGUGUGACCCUAAGUCAGAUAGGCACUGUUGUUCUACUGAGGGAUGGUGUGGGGCUUCACCAGCUCACUGCACCUGCGACGGCUGUAAGGACUAUCGUCCAGCUAAGUUUAGAGCUGACGGACGGUGUGGAACGGAGUUCCCAGCCCCAGGAGCGAACCCCGGCCAGUGUAACCCUGUGUCAGACAGACCCUGUUGUUCCAAGUACGGAUGGUGUGGGGCAACAUCAGCUCACUGCACCUGCGACGACUGUAUGGACUAUCGUCCAGAUUGCCUGAUUGGAGAUGGAACAUCUUACCGAGGAACAGUCUCUGUGACGGAAACAGGCAGGACGUGUCAACGCUGGGACAGUCAGGCACCUCACCAACACCAAAGCACGGCCGCUAAUUAUCCGUCAUCCGGACUGGAGGAGAACUACUGCCGGAAUCCGGACGGCGAACCCGGGGUUUGGUGCUAUACCACUGAUCGCGAAAAGAGGUUUGAACUGUGUGACGUACCAUUAUGUGGUAAGCUUUGAUUCUAUAACCUUAGAUAAGGACUGAAUGUUUGUUCUGUCUUAGGCCAUGUUGAUUUGAUUAUAUGGAUGACAUCCUGGCUCGCAUCAAUUUUCGGCCGUUUCCAAAAAAAAAAAGGUUU